UUCACUGUUCUCACCAUAAAGACAGCUGAGCACAAUUUCAUUCGAUGUUAACAUUUUUAUUAAAUUUAAAUACAAGUUUCAAUUUUAUAAAUGGAAAUUACAUUAGCGUUACUUAAACCACACGUGGUUCGUAAUGUCUAUGCAUUCCGACAGAUAAAAGAUAUAAUACAGCAGAAUUUUACAAUACUGCAUACCAAAGAAGUGCGCAUUACGAAAGAGUUGUCUGAACAUUUCUAUGUGGAGCACAAAGGGAAAUUCUUCUACAAUCGACUGGUCACAUUCAUGGGCAGUGGACCUUGCCAUGCAUUUGUCCUACAGUCCAAAGGCAGUAUCGCCAAGUGGCGUGCGUUGAUGGGCCCCACAAAAGUUUAUAAAGCUGUAUACUCGCAUCCGGAUUGCAUACGUGCGCUCUAUGGUCUCUCAGAUACACGUAACGCCUGCCAUGGUUCCGAUAGUGAAAAAUCGGCGUCACGUGAAAUUUCUAUUUUAUUUCCGGAGCUGGAUAUAAAUCAAUUAUCGGCUAUUGGGAGUAAUAGAUGACUGUGUGAUUGAUAUGUUAACGUAAAACUGUUGUGAAUGGAUUUGUUUGUGCACAUGUAGCUGUUAAUGAAAUCGAAAUGGUUUUUUUAAUUUAUAACCCGCAUUAAAAAUAAGUUAUGUAAAUGUAAGCAAGAUUGUUAAAUUGUGUUAAGAAUGGUUUCUAAGCACUCGCAUGAAAGGAUUAUUACAAAACCCAUCACUGCAUUUAAAUUAAAUAGUUUAAGGUAAGUUGCAUAUGCUAUGUAGUUCGUUAAUUAUUAUUGUUGGAAAAAAGUAAAAUAAUAAAUUUAUUAUACGCAUUAAUACAAUUAGAAUUUAUAUGAAUGGCACAUAAAUAUUUAUAUUGGGUUACUAUAUCCAUUUACGAUUUUGCACGAAGUAAUAGUGUAUAAUUAUCUGUGGAAAUGGUUUUCCUUUGUAUUUGUAAUAUUUUAUUACACCUUUAAUAAAACUCUAUAACAUCAUAAAAUAUUAGAGAAGGAUGUGAGACAUUUUGAUUACGCAAUGUCGGUUGCUCCAGCUGUUCUUUAGUGGAACUUAUAAAUACAUACAUACAUACAUAUUUAAAACAAUUUAAUCUCUUCCGAAACCGAAAUCGGUCCAUAUCUUUUUUCUAGGCUAAAUAAAAUACAGUCGGUUCGUUUACUAGUUUCAUUUCGAUUAACCGCUGGAUCUCAAUCUCGAAACAAAUCGGUGGAAAUGUUUUGCUUAGCAUAAAAGAAAUUCGUCAGAGGAUAUAUUUUACAUUAGUUUUGGAAAACUGCUGCCAUACUCGGGGAAGUUGUUGUUGUUGUAUCCUCAGGAAAUAAAAGUUUUAUUCCGAUAUAAAUCAUACACCCGAUCUAAUUUUAUUGAUGUUAUCGGCUCACAUAUUCCCUCUAUCACAAUGGAAAGGAAGUAAUAAUUAAUAUUUUUAAAUAAAAAAUCCACACAUAUUUGUUUUUGUAAUUGAUGCUUUAUUGGUAAAUUCUCAAUACAAGUAUACAAUAGCUUUUCAAUUUUUUUUGUUGUUGUAACCAUAUCAUGUAGGUUGUAGUAAAUUAAAAAUAAAUUUCUCAAAAGGAUUAAUCAUAUAUUCGUAUAACAAAAUACUAUAUAAAAAGUAUAAUCAUAAGACAAAAAGUGUAGAAAAACAGUUUCCAAAAUACAUAUGCACAUACAUACAUACACAUAUGUAUAAAUGUAUGUGCAUACAUAUACAUAUACAUAAAUACAUAGUUGUUAAUUUAUUUAUUUUAAACGAUUCCAUUGGAAAUCUGUGUGUAUACAUAUGUAUGUAGUUUGAUUGUUGUCAUAAUCAUAUGUAUGUAUGUAUAUAUUGAGUUUCUCAUUUUAAAUGCCGAAAUGCUCGAAAAUUUUGUUAAGUUAGCGAAAACAUGUAUACAUAUUGCUAAAUAUGUGAAUAUUGGUGUUUUGAAUAUACAUACAUAUUACUGUUUUCUAUACAUUUCUGCGCUACAUAGCGGUUGUUUAAAAGUGUAAAUGACACAUGUAUACAUAAAUACAAGUAUAUAAGCAUUAGCUUUUAUAUAUUUUUAGUACUUUGUCUUUUUAACUUAAUUUAAAAAUAAUUAUACGAAAUUGAGAAUGAUAAUAUAAAUUUAUUUUUAUUCUGUUUCAUAACGCAUACUACUAAACGAACUUCUAAACAAAUAUCAAUUUGUAUCUAGGUAGUAGUAAGCGGUGUGCUAUAAUUUUUGUGAAUUUUUCAGGGAUUAUUUUUCUAUUUUUAUUUGGCUUUUUUCAUGCUACUAGCAUUGUGGUAGUUGCAAUGUUUUUUUUAAUUUUUUUGCGAGUUUUAUACACAGUACGUGCUAUAGCUUUUGAAUUUGUUAGUUGUACGUAAGUGUAUUUAAUUGUUAAUUGCAAUUAAUAAAUAUGUGUACAACUAUUGAAUUCAUAGCUUUGCGUUCUUGCUGUGUAUAAAACUGUUUUUGUUGUUGUAUAUUUUUUAUAGGUUAUGUCAAAUAACAAUUUCUAUAUAAGUAAAUUUGCAGUUCUAUAAUUCUAAAUUCCAUUGUCCUUUCAAUAAAUUAUAAAUGUUUAAUCGAUUUAAUGCCUACAGCAGUCCCAUGGUUUUCACAAUUUUUUCCGUUUAGGAUUUUAAAACGAGUCUAAAAUAUACAUACAUACAGCAAAUAUGCCUAACUUAAUGUGUUUUGAAUUUUAUUUUUGUUGUUUUUUUUUUCAAUAUAUUUUUAUCCGAUUAAAAUAUUGCUAUGCGUCAAAAUUCUGAUUUGUUCAAUGAAAUUUCGCUGACGUUGACAGGUGAAGGCCAAUGAGCGGCGUAAUGCAGUUGCUGAAUAUAUUGGAUAAUUUUAGAAUUUUACUGAAAUGUAUUUAGCGAGUUUUAGGUGUUUAGUUGCUUGUUUGUAUUGUUGUAGCGCUAAUUGGGGUUUGCAGAAAUGUAAAAUAAUUGAUUUUCAAAUAACGUUCUUACUUGAACCUUACGCGAAAACAACAUAACCUCACUAAUUUUUUUUUUUUUAGUUAAAUAAAUUAAUUGAGGUUUUCAGAAAUGUAAAAAAAUUGUUUUUCAAAUAACUUUCUUACUAAAACCUUAAUCAAAAGCAUCAUAACCUCACUAAUUUUAUAUAAUUUUUUUUUUUUUUA